CCGAAAAAUAGAUGGAGAUGGUAAUAUUGUAGUAACCGAGGAAAGUCAGUCAGAAAAUGUUACAAUACCUGUUGGUUUGCUUCGUUUUGCUCAACAGACGAAGCGCCGACGGAAGCCUGUGUGCCACAAAGGUCAUAGUGCGAGUGCCCCACGAAAAGGACAUUGGCUUGAUCUUUGAUCUGACUGUCACCAACCGCAUCAGAAGUGAUCGAAGGGAAACGAUGGACUUCACAGUCGUCUCGAAUGGGGAAUGCACCGUAAACACAACCGAAGGAGAGCAGGUGCACUCGAUGGGACGAAUAUUCGGCGGUGAUUUCGGGGCUAUCGAACCAGGCAAGAGUGAAACUGUAUCACUUGUAUGGCCCACUGUGUCCCUGUACAACCGGGUGGGCAGUUGCCCCAUUUUGAUCACCGCCACGAGUGCCCACGAAAAGGAGGCGGUGGCGACGGCAAGGCAAGUUCUCCACUUCGACACCCGCUUCGAAACCCUCGAUCCGAAUGGCAACAAGCUGCGUCGGCGAAAGGAUUUCACGGACUGUCGCAACUGGGACAAGGAUUAUUUCCGGAACUGCACGCCGCUUAAUUGCGAGGAACGAUACUUUGGCCAGCGCAGCUUCUUCAACUCGGAAACCGAACAAUGUGAACAGGUUUCCGACUGCUCGGGACCCGGGGAGUACUACGACAUUUUCAGCAAUGAGGGCGUCGAUCCUGGAAACUUUGUGUCCUUGGAGGAACUCGAACUGAUCAAUAAGGGGAAGUUCGACUCUAAUUUCUUGGAUCUGCGAGGGCCUCUACCGCAGGAAGAACCGAAACCCGAUAUAACACCAACGCUCAAGAAAAAGAACAGAAAACUUGAAGUCCCAUUGCGCCAUUUAGCUAAUCCCACGAUGCCGGAGGAGUGCGAAAAGAGCCGGAAACUUACCUUGGCGGAUUUCAAUGAAUGUUUUCAGCACCUAAAGGAUGCCCAAUCCCAAGCCUCAAAAGAUCCUGAAAAUGAAAAGAAACUUGAGAAAAAGUCACCUUUUGAGGUGCCGAUGCUGACGCAGCUGUAUUACGAUUGGUAUCUGCCCUUAAGAUCCGAUAGCUGGGGAGAAGGCGGGGAAAUCAAUGCCGCAGGAGAACCAAGUCCCCAAAAUGUACCAUCUGGAUCGGAACCCCUCUUAAACUGGAUUAGCAAACUGGACUUCAGAGGUUGGCUGAUGCUGAUCCUUAGGGGAAGUGUCAUUAUCUCAUUGCUAAUUGUGUUUCAGAUUUUUGCUACUCUAACGGCCUAUUUUCUGGUGUGCCUUGCCGUUUAUGCGUUUAUGGAACUGUAUACCGUUUGGACUUGUGACGAGGCAGCUCAAUCUUUGAUAAAUGAUUCCAGUUCCCAAGCCAGCACCUACACUCUUGUUACCACCGAGAGUCUAAUGUCCCAUCGUUAA